AUAGGGAGGGAAUCUUUGUGCUUAUGGGGUUUCCUUGGUUGGGGACUCUCUUGGGACCUUCCCUCUCGUCCCUCUCCAUCUAUCCCAACCUUUCUCUUGCUCCUUCUAAUUCCUUGUGAGAUUCUUGAACUUUGAUUGAACUUUUGAGAUUGAGUUAAGUUCUCCUCCUACAGCUUACCCCCUAAUGCGUCGAAAGCUAUAGCGUUGCGAAUACUUCAUUAAUUAACGUGAUUCAAAUUGGGAACGGUAGCUGAGAUUAAGAGCUACAACAUAUCCGAGUUUCGCGACAUUCCAACGGCUAGUUUUUCGUCGACGUCGUUUCUUGUGAAGACGACUUUUCUGUCCAGAAUUUCGGAUUUAUAUUUUGAGUAAUUCUAGCUCCUAAGUUCACCUAGACUCCGUCCUUAAUCCUAACAAGUGGUAUCAGAGCCAUAUUAAGGACAUUGAGAGGAGUCUACAGAAGUGUGAAGACCCUUCUAGACCCACCAUGGCCUGUGGGUGUGCCUAAGUGGUGUUCUAAAGGUUGGAUGUGUCUUCCGCUAAGGGGAAACUCUGCCGAAAUUUCGUGGACGCCGAUACUUGUGAAAAUAUCGAGGGAGCUGAGUGUGGACAGCAAAGGGGAGCUGAAAUUCGUCAUUUCUCAAGGAGAAGAUGAAUGAGAGAGGAGGAGAUGCUAAUGGAAGAGGAGCUGUAGCUGAGAAGACAAGUGAGCCGCCGCCAUCAAAAGUUGAAGCUUUGGAUGGCUCCAACUAUGAGGAAUGGAGCGGACGGAUGAGGAGUGCCUUCAAACGCUACAAGCUACUGAAGAUUGCUGUUGGGGAAGAGAAGAUGCCGGAAGAAGGCGAAGCACGCGAACGGUGGAUUGAGAAAAGCGCGGUGCUUUUCGACCUCAUCCUUCAAUCGGUCAACAAGGAGAUGUUCGAGCACAUCAAGGAUCUUGUGGAAGCGGAUGAUUCGGGUCCAAGGGCGUGGAAACUACUACGUGAUGUGAUUCAGCCCAACACUCUCCCAAUGGUGAUCGUGCUCGAGAAGGAACUUGCUGCCAUCUCCAUGCGACCAGGGGACGAUGUGAAGCCGGUCCUUGACAAGAUCAAGGACACCUAUGCAAGGAUGGCAGCAGCGGGCAGUAGUGUAUCUCAGCUGCAGCAGUGCACCAAGAUCAUCUCGGUGUUGGACAACUCUUGGGACAACCUCAUCCCCACCCUCAACUCUCAGCAAGAUCAAUGGACACCUGAGUGGCUAAGGCAGCAGAUUCUGCAGGAGGACUUCCGCAGACGCCAUAUGGGAGGCGGUGCUGCCACUAAGACUGCUGAGGGGUAUGGAGCUGCAGGGCGCGGCAAAGGAAGAGGGGGUUGGAGAGGCCGAGGCCGUGGGAGGAGCUUUGGCAGAGGUAGAGGCCGAGGUGACUAUAAUGAGGGGCAUGGAAGCUCCAGUGGCAGGGGGAGUACCAGAAUGGAGGGCACCUGCUGGUACUGCAAGAAGGUCGGGCAUCCUUGGUUCAAGUGCUUCAGCAGGCCGGAGGGAUGGGCACCUCCAGGCAUGAAGCCGCCCAGUGGUGAACGCGCACAAGGUGGCGCUGUGCAAGGCUCAGGUGCACAAGGUGAAGGUGCACAAGGUAAUGCCUAUCCUGGUUUGUUUCUUAUGGUUGAGGAUGUGCAUGGGCAUGAGGGUGAUGUGGGAUCUGUGGGAAAGGUUGUGAUGCACCCUCUCAUGCACUGGGUGAUUGAUUCGGGUUGCAUCAGUCACAUGACCCCACGGGCAGAUUUGCUUGAUGAGGUAAAACCCCCUGGGAAGAUCAAGUAUGUGGCAGCAGCGUCAGGUGCUUUGCUCCCUGUGAUUGGCGUUGGGAAUGCCAAGGUUAAGGGAGCUAAUGGGGAGCUUGUGGGGCUUGGGAAUGUUCUGCUAGUUGAAGGUUUGUCUGCUAACCUUCUCUCUGUGCGGCGACUGCAGAAGAGCAAGGCCGAAGUGACCUUUGGACCAACCAGCUGCCGUGCUAAGCUUGGGAAGAAGGUGCUGUGGAGUCUGGAAGAGGAGACCAGCUGCAUCAAGGACCUGUGGCAGCUGCCCAUCAUCCCAUGGAAUGGGAAGACUCCAACAGCAGCAACGGCAGCAGCGGCAAAGGCAACAGCAGGAGGAGAUGCAACUGCACCAAAUGAUGGGGUCCUGGAAGCAGUCAAGAAAGUGCAGAAGCAGCAGACACAUGGUGAGGUGCUUGCUGGUGUGGAUGCGAGUGCGGCAUGGGCUAAGGCUUCAUCAAGGAGUGGAGAGGCCGAUUGGGAGACAUGGCAUGAGAGGUUGUGUCAUGUGAACUUCCCUAUGCUGCAGAAGUUGGUGAAGAAUGGGAGCCUGAAGGGCUUGGAGGUGAAAGGGGAAGUGAAGGAGAUUGGGAGCUGUCCUACAUGCUUGGAGACCAAGUUCUCCAAGUUCCCCUUCAACAGCACUACAGGACCAGCCAAGACCCCACUUGCACUUGUGCACAUGGAUGUGGUGGGGCCCACAAGAGCCCCUUCCCUCUCAGGCAGCCGCUAUUUCUUGACAAUUGUAGAUGACCACACUCGGGCAGUGUGGGUUUACCCUUUGAAGAGCAAGGGGGAGGUGGCAGCGGCUGUCCUUAAGGAGUGGAUGCCUAGAGCUCAGAGGGAAUGCGGACACAAGGUGAAGGUGAUCCGUAGUGACAAUGGUGGGGAGUUCAUUGGAGCUGAUUUUGAGGGGGAGUUGAAGAGGAAGGGGAUCCAGCAUCAACUGACAGUGCCCUACAACCCACAGCAGAAUGGCGUGGCUGAGAGGUUCAACAGGACCCUGCAGGAGGGGGCACGCACUCUCCUUGGGCGUGCAGGGCUGCCUGAUCCGUUUUGGGUGUCUGCACUGAGGCAGGUCGCCCUUGUGAAGAACAGGGUGCUGGCUACAGUUGGAGAUAAGGAGUGGAUCCCAUAUGUCAAGUGGUAUGGGAGUGCUCCAGCUGUGAACAUGCUGAGGGCAUUUGGGUGCAUGGUGGUGUUUCAUGUGCCCAAGGAGAAAAGGGGGAAGUUGGAGGCUUCUGGAAGAUGGGGUGUGCACUUGGGGAUUGCAAAGGAUCACAAGGGGUGGCUGCUAUGGGACUUGACCACCCAGAAGUUGACAGUGUCAAGGGAUGUGAAGUUUCUUGAGUCCCUGUACUACAAGGAAUGGAAGCAGCAGCAACAGAAGCUUCCAUCUACACCGCUCAUUGUGGAGGCAGAUGAGGUGCAGCAGCCUUCAAGACAGGUGGAGGUUGCAGUGUCAGAGGAGGAGAUGUCUGGGGUGACUGAGGAAGGGGGAGCAGCUGAAGUGGAGCAGCAGCAGCAGCAGGAGCAGCAGCAGCAGCAUGAGUCUCCACCUCGAGUUCCACACCCGCCUGAGCGACCUAGGAGGGAUGUGCGCCCUCCGGUGAGGCUGACCUAUGGGGGAAGAGGCAAGCCAAAUGUGGUGCAGGCUGGGAGCGUGGUUGAGCAGAUUGAGGAAGAUGAGAUCGCUCACUGCUACUGGGCACCAAUCCCUGAGCCCAAGACUCGAGAGGAGGCCUUGAAUGGACCAAAUGGGGAGAAGUGGAAGGCGAGUGAGGAUGAGGAGUUCGGGUCCCUGAUUGAAAACGAGACAUGGGACCUGUGUGACUUGCCUCCUGGGAAGAAGGCAAUCACUUCCAAGAUGAUCUACAGGCACAAGUAUGGACCUGAAGGGGAGCUGACCCGCUACAGA